GAUAAGAAAAUAUAAAAAAUCACACUCAGACAAAGGAAUAGAAAAAUAAAAAAAAAAAAACCGGAAAGGUAAUAAAAUUAAAAAUGAAGAACAUCCAAGAUGUACAAGACACGAUCCUGGCAGUUUUGGUGCCUGAGAAAAAAAAACUCCACAUUGAAGUUGCUAAAUUGGAUCAACUGUAUCGUGACAUUGAUGGUGAACGAAUACCCUGGAAAGAACUUGGUUAUCCAUCUCUUGUUGAUUUUUUGGUGACAAUAAAAUGUCUUGAUAUUUAUCGUGAAAAUGGAAGUCAUUACUUGGAUUUUCAUGGUACAGAUAAAACAGCUCAUCUGAAUGAACUUGUUGCUAAUCAACGUACAAAUAAAAAUAAAAAAAUGUCAUCAAAUCGUAAACAAAUACCAUCACAUUAUUUUAACAACAGACCAUUUAAAAAAGUUGAAGAUGAUUGUCAAUUAAAUGUUGAAACAUAUAAAACAGCAACAUUUUUUAAUGAUGAAUCAGAUCCAGAGUAUGAUGAUAUAUUUGAAGAAUCACCAUCAAUAAAUUUAAAUCAGCCAACAACAUCUGAUAAAUUAAAAAUUCAAAAUAUCACUGAAACAUCAAUGAAUUUAAACCCAUCAACAACAUCUGAUAAAUUAAAAAUUCAAAAUAUCAUUAAAACAUCAAUAGAUAUACAAAAUAAUAAAGAAAUUUAUUCAACAAAACAUGGAUCCGAUAAACAAGUUGUUACCAAUUAUAUUGAUCAAUGGAAUGACAAUAAUACAACAGGUGUAAAUGGUGGUGAUAAUAAUGAAGAAGGUGAUAAAUAUUUCUUUGAUAUUUGUACAAAAACAAGAGAAAGAUUGGUAAAGCUUAUUCAAAAAAGACCUGAAGGAAUAAAGUGUGCUAAAUUACCAGAUAUUUAUUAUCAAGAAUAUAAUGAAGUACUUGAUUGGGAAGAUUAUAGUUGUGAUUCAUUAACACAAUUCACUUGUAAUUUACCAGAAAUAUUUCACUUGGUUAAGCCAAAUGCACAUGGUGAUUUUAUUCUUUAUGAUGUUACAAAACCACGUCCAGAUUCAAUACCAGAUGAACUUCAAGAAGAGACACCUGAUCCACCUCGUCGUAACAAUGUUGUACCACUUAGUUUGUUGCCUGUUUCAACACAAAUUAAAAAUAGCUGUUUAGCUUCUGAUGUUGUUAAACUUGGUGAAUAUGUUAAACCAUUUGAUACAUCUGAUCCUCAGUAUCAACGUUUAAUAACAAGAAAUUGGGAAUUAAUUGAUAUUGUUGAUGUAUUUUCACCAUCAUUUUUUUGGAUACAUUUGCACAAAUUAACUUCAACAUCAGGACCAUCGCCUUUUGAGGAUAUGAUGAAUGAAUUACAUUAUUUUUAUGAAGAAAAAAAAACAGAAUAUACUAUUCACAUUGAGUAUGCAGUUGGUCUAAAUGUUGCUUGUAAAUUUGAUCAAUCAUGGCACCGAGGAAUUAUCAAAGAGAUCAUAACAGCACCCGAAAAAAAAGCUAAAGUUUUCUUUUAUGAUUAUGGUACAAUGAGUGAAUACUCAUUUUCAGAUUUAUAUCUGUUAAAACGUUCAUUUGCCCAGUUGCCUGUUCAAGCAAUACCAUGUGGUUUGUUUGGAGUUAGACCUAUCGAGGAUGAUUGGAAACCAGAUGAUCGUCGUUAUUUUGUUGAAAAAGUUUAUGGCAAGACAUUGUAUGCCAUGGCUUUUCAUGCUGAUCCAGAGACCAAUUUUUUGCUGCUCAAUUUGACGGACACAACUGGAGAUGAAGACACACAUUUCAAUGACGAUCUUGUAAACAAGGAUAUUGCGAUUAGUGGAUCGGUUUGUAUCAGACCAGAAAAUUUUCAGAUGCCCCGUGCUAUUAAAAAAGUUGAUAAAACAUUAAAUUUAAGUAUUAAUAAUGAUAAUGACAAUAACAGCUGCCUCGUCCCAAAAAUAAAUUCAUCUAAUAUUAAAAAUGAUAGUAUUACAAAUAUUGUUAACAAAAUACAUGAUAAAGUAUUUGAUAAAUUUUUACUUGUUCCUCAAAUGUGUGGUAAAGAUCGUAAAGCAUUAAUUGUUAAAGAAAUUUUAAGAGAAGUUGCUCAAGUUGUUUUAGAUGAAUGUAAAAAUGAUAUUGUUGAAAAUGUUAAUAAUAAUAACAAUGUUGAUGCAAGUGUUAUUGAUAUAUCAUCAUUACAUUAUGAUAAUGAUCAUGAAGCUAAUGCUGAUGGUGUUGAUGAUGAUGAUAAAGAAGAGAAGCUUUCUAGUAUAAAAGAUAGUCUUAAAAGUAUUAUUGAAGAAAAUAAUAAAUUACCAUCAUUGGAUUCACAAGAAGAUGAAUUAAAAGUUGAAGAAAAAAAUUCUAGUAUUGUUUUACCAGGUAUAUCUGAAUUGAAAAAAAUACCACUUGACAGUGAUGAUGAUGAAGAUGAAGAUGAAGAUGAUAAAAAACAGGCUGUAUUAGAAAAUUCAGUUGACAAAAAAAUAGAAGAACUAUCAUCAUCACAACAAGAUGAAGUGAUUGAUCAAGCUGCCACUUCAACAGAAGCUUCUGAUGAGUCAAAUUUAUUAAAAACUAAUGAUGAAAUAUGUUUAAACAACUCUCCAUUAUCAAAUACUGUUGACAAUGUUUUUAAACAAAAAGAAAAAAUACCAGAAUUAAUAGAAAAUAAUGUAAAUGAAGAUCAAGUUCAUACUGGUAUUGGUUCAACAAGUGUAUCUGAUUUAAUAAUGUCAUUUGACAAUAAUGACGAUGAAUAUCCACAAGAUUAUUCAUCAGUUUCUGGUGUACCAUCAUCAUCUCAGCCAAAAACAUACUCAUUAAAUGAUUAUUUUUCUGGUAAUGUAUCGUCAACGUCAUUGUUAUGUGGCUCUUCAACAAGUGAUAAUAAAAAUACUAGCAGUUUAUCUACUACUGGUGAACAUUUUGGUCAUUCAAAAUUAGGCCAAACAGUUGAUAAUGGUCAUCCUGAAGAUCUAUCAUCAACUGCUGCACUUGCAUCUGAUUUAAUUGACUGGAAAUUUUUUGGUGUUACACCAAAUUUCAGACGUAAUAUGCCAAAUGUUAGAAAUUAUCAAAAUUAUGCCAAGAAUGACAGUCAUCCAAAAAUUGUGCUGAAAGAUUUUAGAUAUAAUCGAGUUGAAAAUCCACAAAAUGUUCAACAAGUCAUACAUGAACAAGAAAAGUUUUAUACUUUGUUUAUGAAUAAUCAAGAUGAUAAGGUUGAUAAAUAUAAAUGUUUACUUGUCGAGAAUGAUGAUACGUUUAAAAUUGAUUUAAAAAAUAGAUUAAAUGAAAUUCUUGUUAAUUCUCUUAAAUACAAGAUAAUUGAAGUUGAUAUAUGUGAUGAAUCUGAUGAUACUGAUAAAGAAAAUUUAUUGCCAAAAAUAAAUGAUAAAAAGGAAAUUGUUAAAGUUGAAAAUCAUCCAGUUGUGACAAGUAAUUCAAUUGUAAGUUCAUUAAAAAAAAUGUUGGCAGCAUCUUUAGCAAAGAAAAAAGAAAUAAAUGAUGCCAAAAUUAUUGUAAAACAAAAUGCUUGUCAAAUGAAUGAAUCAAUUGACAUGAAUGAUAUUAACUCUGAUGAAUUGACAAGUGAAAACAAGUUGAAAGUAUUUAAUUCAUCAUCUGAAAGUACUGAAGCAUCUGUUGAUAAAAUUCCUGAUGUGAAAAUCAUUGUAAAACAACAAGAUGUUUAUCAAAAGAAAAAAUUAAUUGACAUGGAUGAUAUUGACUCUGAUGAUUUGACAAGUGAAAACAAGUCACUAAUAUGUAAUUCUCUAUAUGAUGAUACUGAAGCAUCAGCUGCUAAUGAAACACUUGAUUCAUUACCAGAUAUAACUACUGAUGUAAAGGAAGGUCUUGAUAGUUGUGAUGAUUCAAUGAUGGAAAUUCAAACAGAUAAUGAUGAUAAAUUAAUAACCCAAGCUGAUGAAAUAAAAAUGGGAGUAUCAGAUGAAGAUGAAUCAUCAGAAGAUGUAUCACCAAAUUCAUCAAAAAGUGAUACAUCAAGUUCUUCAUCAUUAGAGACAAACUUAUUAUCUGAUUGUGUUAAUAAUGAUAAUUUAAAUACAUCAACACUUGGCAAUCAAAAUAAUGUAGAAAAAUAUUUACCAAAUAAUUCAAUUCCAAUUUUUAAUGACCUCGAUAUUCCAUCAGAUGAUGAAUCAGAUUGGGAAGUAAAUUUUACUCCUCGUCAAGUAAACUAUGAUGAUUUAAAUGAAACAAAUAAUCAAGUCAAAUUGCCACAAAUUGAACCAAAUAUUAAUGAUGAUAAUGCACUUGAGAUUGAUCUGAAUGAUUUGAGUCUUUACAAGGAGAACUGGUGUUGGUGGACUUGGUUCGAGGCGAACAAGGAUGACACAAUAACAAGUGAACUGCAACAAAUCGAUUUACCAGAAGGAUUUCAGUCUUACGUUGAUUAUAUUAAUUAUUUAAAAGAAACAAUUAAGAAGCUUGUGUGUGAUAAUGAAUCAAUAGAGGUAUUAAAUGAUAAACUGGAGACAUUAAAGAUUAAAAAUAGAGAAUUGCUUCGUGAAUUAAAGGCUCUUAGAGAAAAUAAAAAAAUAUUAAACUUGAAAAAUCAAGAAAUUAAUGAAGAGAGGAUGUCACUAAAUGCUGCAUUAAAUACUAAAAGUACAUGCAGCAUUGAAUCUGACAGAACAAUAAUGACUGAUGAUUAUGAUAAUGCAAGUACAAUACGAACAAUUCAUACUAUUGAUGAUUUUAAAACUCAAAAAAAAUCAGCUGAAUAUUGGAAAACGAUAAAGAUCUGUACAAUGCCAUUGACAAUUAUCGGUAUGAAUAUUGCUAUUUACUGUGCAUAUAAAAUUAAAACAGAUCCUGAAUUUUGGGACGAUGUUGACAUGUGGAUUGCAGCUUGGGAGGAAACUUUGAAGUAUUCUAUAACUCCAUCAAAAAUUAUUACAUCAAGUGUAUUAUUUGAUGAUAGUAAAAUGGAAAUAUUUGUAGGAGACGACUAUCAAGAAUUCGAGAACGAUAACACACGUAAUUUAAUAUUAAGCGAAGAAUUGGAUGCAAACAUACAAGAACCAUUUCCAAGAAGCGAACCAGUACCAAUAAAAAUUGAUAGAUUUAAUGGAUUACUUGAUAAUGGUAAAUUAACAUUAACAACAGUAGAUGGUGAUGCAACAUUUACUUUUCAUCACACAUUGAUCCUUGAAGUCAAAAAAACAUCUACGACUUUACAAGAUGAAAUAGCUGCUAUGAAAAUAGAACCAUCUGAAAUAGUACAAAAGAAAAUAAGUAAAUUUCAUGUCUAUCUUCCAGAUCAUAAGGUAACAUUAAAAACCUCGAAAGGUGAAAAUAAUUAUCAUUUGAUACAUAAUGUGACUCUUGAAUGUGAUAAAAAAGUUGAUGAAAAUUUACAAAAUAUAAUUGCCACUGAAGAACCAUAUCCAGAAGAUAUGAUAUUUGAAGUAACGAAUGUAUUAUUUGAUUGUGGUACAGUAGUAUUCAAAACACAAGAUGGUCGUAAACUUCUUCAGAACGGUAACUCACGUAAUUUAAUAUUAAGCAAAGAGCUGGAUGCAAACAUACAAGAACCAUUUCCAAGAGGAGAACCAGUACCAAUAAAAACUGGUGGAGUUAAUGGAUUACUUGAUAAUGGUAAAUUAACAUUGAAAGAUGGCAAUAGAACGUUGCCGACCACUACCGUCGAUCAUUCUGACCCUGUUAAAGACGCGAGUCGAACAUUUUCAUCAUUCAAAUUGAGCGGCACAUUUCUUGCAACUGGGAAUUUUAGUUACUCAGUUGAAGAGACAGUGAAAAUACAAGCAGACGAAAGUGAUGAAGUGUUUACUUAUUAUCAGUUUUAA